AUGGAUCGCGUCUACAACUUUCAGACAGAUAUUUAUGCCUUUAGGGCUUGCCACAACGACGAUGCUCAAGAUUUGGUUGCUAUUGGAGGCUUGCAUUCUGUAGAGGUUCUUCAAUUGAACAAGACAGAGGUCAAACCAAUCGCGUCGUUCCACUUGGGUUCACGCGUUACUUCCAUUGCUUGGUCCUCGUCCACCGUGUCGCCUUCAAAAAGCGAUUCAUGGUCUCUCGAGUUAGCAGUCGCGACAGACGACUAUGGCCUGCAUCUCUUGACCAAAUCCUCGACUGACCGCGAAUACGUCUUCCCCUUCGGAGGAGGCCUCAGUGGACACCAUGGAAUCAUCAACGACAUGACCUUCUGUGGUGGGUGGACUGAGGAUAGUUCGCGCUAUGUCGCGACGGUGUCUGACGACAAGAUGCUCAUGGUAUGGGAUUUGCGUCCUCCAAAAAUCCCUAAUGUGAAUACCACACAUGACGAGGACGAGGACGACAUGUCUCCACCACCCCGCCCACAACCAACAGCUCUCGUCAUCCCCUUCCCCCACCCUCUCGUCUCCAUCUCCUCUCACCCCCUUACAAGCAAAGAGUUUUUGGUAUCAGAUUGUCGAGGUUCGGUCUUUAUGACAGACUGGAGGCUCGACUCUGCAGAUCUGGAGAUGCAGAGCAACUUUAGGCAUUCGAAUUUGGUCGAGUUGGUCGAUCCGGCCGCUUUGGCUGCUGCUUGUGUUGGUCAGAGCCAGAGGUGGACGGGGUCCGUUGGCUGGAGGAGUGAUUCCUUGGACAUUGUUGGAGGUGUCUUUGGCAAUCGUUUUGCCAUUUGGGAUUUGGCGAAUUUGAGAGGCGGGAAGCCGGUUGUUACUUCGCAGGGUGUGAUUGACGGCGGGCACAAGUUUAGGUGGUGCAAAACUUACCCCGAACACUUUGCCGUCUCGACCCAAAUACCAACCAAAGGCGCCGUCAUCCAAGUCUACAACUUGAAUUUCCCUCACGCUCAGCCCACCGUAUUCACGCUGCGACCCAAACCCCAGUUUGUGAGGGAUUUCGACUUUUUGAGUGUCAAGGGGAUUCCGCAGAUUGCAGCCGUCAUUGGGAAGACCGUCUUUGUGUUUGCGAUUGGAGAAGAGUCGUGA